UGACCCAAGGCGGCUGGAAUGCCAGCCUGCCUGCGCGGCGCGCCUCCGGCCCGGGGAAGCCCCAGCGCCGCUGGCUGCCGCCCGCCGGGCCGAUGCCGCACUUCACGGUGGUGCCGGUGGAGGACAAGCCCCGCGCCGACUACGACAACUUGGAGGGGCUCAGCUGGGUGGACUACAGCCAGCCCGCCGCCGCCGCCGCCGCCGCGCCCCGCGGCGCCCCGCCGUUGCACCAGCGCGACGCCUACGACUCGGUCGGCUCCGACGGUCAUGGUAACCAUAAAGAAAGCAGCCCUUUCCUCAACAAUGCUGAGGCUGGCAAAGGAGGAGACUAUUAUGACAGAAACUUGGCCUUGUUUGAGGAGGAACUGGAUAUUCGCCCAAAGGUCUCUUCCUUGCUCGGCAAGCUGGUCAGUUACACAAAUCUCACUCAGGGAGCCAAGGAGCAUGAGGAAGCAGAAAGUGCCGAAGGCUCGAGGAGGAAAGUAUCAAAAUCACCCAGCAUGGGCACCUUGAUGGGAGUCUACCUGCCAUGUAUGCAGAAUAUCUUUGGGGUCAUUCUCUUCCUUCGGUUGACUUGGAUGGUGGGAACCGCCGGUGUUGUGCAGUCCUUCCUCAUCGUCUUGAUCUGCUGCUGUUGUACGAUGCUGACGGCCAUUUCAAUGAGCGCUAUUGCUACAAACGGGGUUGUGCCAGCUGGCGGCUCUUACUUCAUGAUUUCAAGAUCGCUGGGUCCAGAGUUUGGCGGAGCAGUGGGCUUGUGUUUUUACUUGGGGACAACCUUCGCAGGCGCUAUGUACAUCCUUGGUGCCAUUGAAAUCCUGCUAACCUACAUCGCUCCCCAGGCAGCCAUUUUUCACUCCACUGGAGCUCACGACACGUCCAGCGCUACCCUCAACAACAUGCGAGUUUAUGGGACUUUAUUUCUCACCUUUAUGGCUGUGGUGGUUUUCGUAGGCGUGAAAUACGUCAACAAAUUCGCUUCUCUCUUUCUGGCGUGUGUCAUAAUAUCCAUCUUGUCCAUCUAUGCUGGGGCCAUCAAAUCCAUCUUUAAUCCUCCUGCUUUUCCUGUUUGCAUGCUGGGCAACAGAACUCUUUCAAGGGACCAGUUUGACAUCUGUGCCAAAACUAUGGUGGUUGACAACAUCACGGUGCCCACCAAGCUGACAGAGCUCUUCUGCCCACAUUACAACAUCACUUCCGCACACUGCGAUGAGUACUUCCACUUCAAUAACGUUACGGAGAUUGCAGGGAUUCCUGGCGCUGCGAGCGGCAUUUUGAAAGAUAAUAUCUGGAGUGAUUAUUUGGAGAAAGGAGAGAUCCUGGAGAAAGCUGACCACCCAUCCGUCGAUGUUUCUGGACACAAGAGCAACCUUCACUUGUACGUUUAUGCGGACAUAGCAACAUCCUUCACGGUGCUGGUGGGCAUCUUCUUCCCUUCGGUGACAGGGAUCAUGGCUGGCUCAAACCGAUCCGGAGACCUCAAAGAUGCUCAGAAAUCUAUUCCUAUUGGAACUAUCAUGGCCAUUGCCACCACAUCUCUAGUCUAUUUCAGCUGUGUCCUGCUGUUUGGAGCUUGUAUCGAAGGGGUCGUUCUUAGAGACAAAUACGGUGAUGGUGUCAACAAGAAUUUAGUGGUGGGCACUCUUUCGUGGCCCUCGCCUUGGGUGAUUGUGAUCGGCUCAUUUUUCUCUACUUGUGGGGCUGGUUUGCAGAGCCUCACCGGAGCCCCCCGGCUACUUCAAGCAAUCGCCAAGGACAACAUAAUUCCUUUCUUACGGGUUUUUGGCCACGGAAAGGCAAAUGGUGAGCCUACCUGGGCCCUUCUGCUGACAGCGGUGAUCGCAGAACUUGGGAUUCUUAUUGCAUCCUUGGACAUGGUAGCCCCUAUUCUUUCUAUGUUUUUCUUGAUGUGUUACCUGUUCGUCAACUUGGCUUGUGCCGUGCAAACCCUUUUAAGGACACCAAACUGGCGACCCAGAUUUAAGUACUAUCAUUGGGCAUUGUCCUUUUUAGGCAUGAGCAUCUGUCUUGCGCUGAUGUUCAUUUCAUCCUGGUAUUAUGCUUUAGUGGCUAUGCUCAUCGCUGGCAUGAUUUACAAAUACAUUGAAUAUCAGGGGGCCGAGAAAGAAUGGGGCGAUGGGAUUCGGGGUCUGUCACUCAGUGCUGCCAGGUAUGCCUUGCUAAGAUUGGAAGAAGGACCCCCCCACACCAAGAACUGGAGGCCUCAGCUGCUGGUGCUUCUGAAGCUUGAUGAGGAUUUGCAUGUGAAAUACCCCAGGCUGUUGACGUUUGCUUCUCAGCUGAAAGCCGGCAAGGGGUUGACUAUUGUUGGUACAGCAAUCCAAGGCAACUUCCUAGAGAGUUAUGGAGAAGCCCAGGCUGCAGAACAGACUAUCAAGAACAUGAUAGAGAUAGAGAAGGUGAAAGGCUUUUGCCAAGUCGUCGUGGCCAACAAAGUCCGAGACGGCAUUUCCCAUUUGAUACAGUCAUGCGGGUUGGGGGGCAUGAAACACAACACUGUGGUGUUAGGCUGGCCGUACGGUUGGAGGCAAAGUGAAGAUCCAAGAGCCUGGAAGACAUUUAUAGACACAGUGCGUUGUACAACCGCAGCCCAUCUUGCCCUCCUUGUGCCCAAAAAUGUGUCCUUCUACCCCAGCAACCACGAGCGUUACGUUGAAGGGAACAUAGACGUCUGGUGGAUCGUCCAUGAUGGAGGCAUGUUGAUGCUGCUUCCUUUCCUACUCAAACAACAUAAAGUUUGGCGGAAGUGCAAAAUGCGGAUAUUCACUGUCGCUCAAAUAGAUGACAACAGCAUCCAGAUGAAGAAAGAUUUGGCCACUUUCCUUUAUCACCUCCGAAUCGAGGCUGAAGUGGAAGUGGUAGAAAUGCAAAACAGCGAUAUCUCUGCCUACACUUAUGAGCGGACGUUGAUGAUGGAGCAGAGAUCACAGAUGCUGAGGCAAAUGAGAUUGACCAAAACAGAAAGAGAAAGGGAGGCUCAGCUGGUGAAGGACAGGCACUCGAUCAUAAGAUUGGAGAGCCUCUACUCUGAUGAGGAAGAUGAAGGGGAAGCAGUGCCAGAAAAGAUCCAGAUGACAUGGACAAAGGACAAAUAUGACAAUGAGAAACGGAGCCGGAACAGUGCAGUGGAGAACUUCCGGGAGCUUAUCAGUAUUAAACCCAAUCAGUCAAAUGUACGAAGAAUGCACACUGCUGUAAAGCUUAAUGAAGUCAUUGUUAACCGGUCCCACGAAGCACGACUCGUUCUUCUCAACAUGCCUGGCCCUCCAAAAAACAUUGAUGGGGAUGAAAACUACAUGGAAUUUCUUGAAGUCUUGACCGAAGGCUUGGAGAGGGUGUUACUAGUCCGAGGUGGUGGCCGAGAAGUCAUUACUAUCUACUCUUGAUCCAGCAAAACGGCAUCAGUCCUGCUUAUCAUCUUUUUGGCAAAGGACAUUCCAUGUCUAAAAGGAGAAGACUCUUGCUCUACUUCCCCAUUAUCUUUUCCUUUUCCUGUAGUCAUUUUUUUCUUCCAACAAGCGUGCCCUGUAGAUGCAAAAUGCAGGUCUCGCUGCAUUCUUUUUCCAAUUGCAACAUACAUAUCUCUCUUUGAGUAUGAUGGUUAUUGUACCAUCCAGCUAGAGACACAAGAUUAAUCAAGAAUCUCAUAUAGCUCUGCUUCUGUGUUCAUCCUCCAACAGACACGUGUACAGUUCUAAGACUAAACUUUUUUUAGAAAGCAAAGUGCAGUAUUUUUAGUUACUGAAGUCAGUUAUCCGUUAACAUGAAUUUAAAUAAGAAAACUUUUAUAUUAAGAGGUUUGGUUGGGGGGGGGAGUACUUUAUAGAGGAGGUAGUUUAUGUUCUGCAUUUUCUAAACAAAAAGAGAAAACGCAACUAGGACCUUUUUUUUAAAAAAAAAGAGAGAAGUGACAGGUUUUUUAGGCUUUUCUUCAGAAGAACAGUCUCAGUAUUCAGAAAGAUUUUACACUCUGAGAGGCAGGUUUAAAUUACGUUAAUUUUUGUAUGCAGACUGCUACAAUGAUGUGUAAGAGACACGCAGGUCUCUGAUUAAAAUAGACUUUCUCCCCCUCUUUUUGCCCCUUAUUUAUUUUUCUAUUUAUUCGCUAGAAGCAUUGGCAGUGAAAACGCACACACAGUCUUAAGCACUGCAAGUUGCUGCUUGCAGGCCAUCUUUGCACGGCACUGGAGACUUCGCAAUGAGCACAGCGGAUCAACUGGAUGAGGCUUGUUUGACUCAAUUUUUAAACCAGCAGAAGAUCAAAGAUUAGAUCGGGAUUGUUCUGGCCCUGCCCUGUUGCAACUACUUUGCGAGCUGUUGUGGUGUACGAAGUGUAGGAGGAAAAGGGUACUAACCAUUGUUAGGAGUCAUGCUGGUUGCUGUUGGAGGUAUGUUGAUUUUAGGAAAAGGGGGAAAAGUGACUUUCAAAAUAACCACGAAGUCCUGGUGUUUGUGAGCACAUUAAAUUGUACUUAUCGUACAACAGGUGUGUAUUUUUUUCCAAUAAAAUAUUGCAUACACUUGAA